AUGACGGCGGGAUCAUCUGAUGCAGCUUCAAAACUAGCGCCGGCGCAACUCCGAGAAAUUAGAGAGGCUUUCCAGGUUCUCGACCGUGAUAAUGAUGGAUCGGUGAACAAGGAUGAUGUCGCAGAUGUGCUUGUAAAUGUCGGUCAAGACCCGUCUAUGUUACACGACUUCUUCCCUCCGGGAAGCCCUGAAACCAUCAACUUCCCCACAUUUUUGAACAUCUUGUCCAGCCUACUCGCUCCGUUAUCUUCGCGCCAAGAACUAAUGAAUGCAUUGGCCGCUUUUGAUGAGGACGACAGCGGCCAGAUCAACGUUGGGGAACUUCGCGACGCUCUUUUGCACACAGCUCCGGAAGACGGAGAGCUUCCGCUCACCGAACGAGAGAUUAAUGAAGUUCUGAAUGGGUUUACCGGGCGCAGGGCUUUCGGAGGAAAGAGCAGUAAGGGUCCUGGCGGAGCGAAGCGAGGGGAGGUAUUUAGAUACCCGGACUUUGUCGAUGGGGUCUUGGGAGGGACCCAGAAUGGGCAAGCAAAUGGACGGCAGGAAGCUUGA